UUCAAGGUGUUGAUAAGAGCUGGAAUUUAUUAUGAGCGCUUAUUUGAUGCAAAAAAAAAGCAACGACGGCAUUCUUAUUUUUUUUUAACGUAUUGGAUAUUUUUAUGAAUGUCUUUUCAUAAGCAGAUACAGGUAUGUCUUGGAAGUUUGGAUACAAAAAGUGAUUUCCAAGGGGCCAAUACAAAAUAUUUGACUCGAAAGGAGCCUACGGUUGUUAUGGCACUUCACACUACUUGCUGCGGUGUAAGGCCAACUGAGCUGAGUCUGAAGUGACUUCCGCGAAACGGGAAUGUUUGAAAAACAUUGAACCAGAGUGGAGAGGGAAGAACAGUUGUUGAUCGAUAGUUGCUCAGGAUCAGGAAAGAAAUUGACAUGGAUGCCGAAACAGGCACAACUACCCAGCUGAUAAAACUUGAGAUGGAUGCAAACGGCAUAAGGAAGGACUUAGACGUCACACAGAUCUACCUUGCCCAACGAAAUUUAGAAAAGGUUGAGAGUCUAGGAUGUUACAGGCAUUUGAAUGAACUGUGGUUGAAUGGAAAUAAACUACGUCAAGUAACAUGCCUGAGGGACAACUUUCAAAUUUCCCAUUUAUAUCUUCAGGAUAAUGAGCUUGUCUGCAUCAGCAAAGCCAUCAGUCAUUUGUCCUGCCUGAAGGUUCUCAUGCUACACAACAACCAGCUAACCAAACUGGGAGAAACGAUUAACGAGAUGAGAAACAUGCAAGCUCUUCAUACACUGAAUCUGUAUCACAACCCUCUAGCACAAGAAAAGGAAUACCGACUCUAUGUUAUCUUCAGAGUUCCUUCUCUCGAACUGCUCGACAGGAAAGAGGUUCAGCCCAGCGAACGAGCUAAAGCAUUUCGCCGCUAUAAACCCGACGAGCAAAGACAGUUGGACAGUGUGGCCUUUGGACGAAGAUGUAGAGUUCCAUCCAUACCUGUGGGUUCCAGCACGGAAAUGGAUCAACUUCCUGUCACGGCCCUCACGGAUUCUUUCUCGGGAUCAGAUGAUGAUUCUGAUCUGCCAAACAGGAUUGGAGAUGGUGAAUACGCUGACAACCAUUUGGCAGAGGGCCCUGUGAAGAGAUCAGUCAUGCAGUACUCUCAUUUUGAUUGGUCGAAAGUACCACGGGCAGAAGAAAGAAGACUGAACAGCACCUGCAAUGUGGCAGACAAGGCGCAGAUUAUUACAGUCCGAUUUAGGUAACCUUGUCAAAGUCGUGUUGGUCACAUUUUGUGUGAUGAGAUUGUGCAUGCUGCAAGAGGUGAAGAAACGAGGUGUUCACGAAUACACCAACACAAACUUGCUGUCAGAAGUUUGAUUUGAAAGAAGUCUUUGGGAGUUAAUUUGACACACUUAAUACCUGUUGUGUUUAAUUAAUUAAAUUUACUUUUGUUGUAUCCACACAAAUACGACAAUGAGUGAUCUCUGGUAUUUUACUGAACCAUGUGAUGAAUGCCCAUAUAGAAUUUUGAAUUCAAAGUGCUUAAUGCACAUACACAUAGUUUUAAUAGCAAAUUUUUAAGUUUUUAAGAUGUUGUCAUGAUUUUACAUACUUUGAACAUUUCAAAAUAUUAGAAAUGGAAUUUCGUCAUUAUAAAUAGACGGAGUAUUAGAUGUUACUCUCUAUUUUGAAAUGGCACUUGAUUGUUUUGGAAUUGCUUAUAUUUUAGCAUUAAUUGGAAAGGGAUCAAGAUAUAUUCAAAUUAAUCUCCAUACAUAAUAGACUAAAUUAGACAUUUGAGUUGAAAAAGCACAAUUUAAAUAAAAGCCUUCGAAGUUUGCCAACAAAAUGUUAAAUCAACAAAAUAAUCUUUUGAUUUCAUAC